AUGGACCUAGGACGACUUAACGUCCUAGUUGCAAGGGACCUAGGUCUUCAAGUGGACUCUGGAGGAGUUCUCUGUGAGAAAGGACUAGGAUCGGACUUAGUCGAGAUGGACCUAGACUUGCCAAGCGGGACUAAGGACUCGGAGUCGGAGACUGACCACGAGGUGUCAGACCAGGGCUCAGACAAAGACUCUAGCGAGGAUGACGGGCCUAGGAAGCCUCGGAGAAAGACUGGUUCCGCGGAAGGGAAGAAGCCAGCGAAGACUCCAAAGAAAGGAUGUGGGUGUAAGCUCACGGACUCGACGAUAGCCCGGUUUCAAGGUCCACAGUUCGAAAGAUCUGCCACACAACAGGAGAAACUGAAGGUCUUGAGACAUGCUGGAAGAAGCUUAGGAGACUUCAACGAGAAGAAGUUCGAGCAAGACAAUCCCACGUGGUUCCACAAGAAAACUGCCUCGGGCGCGCCAGCAACGAUUUUCCGAUUUCGGCCGAAGACAGCCACACCUGAAAUUGCGGACUUCGAGUCCUAUGGACUGUCCUCAAGAGACUUAUAUGAGAGAUGUUUCGGAGUCCUAGAAGGACGGGAUAAGGACCUCGCUAGCUCUGUCGUGGAGUCUCUAGGAGACCUUGUCACGCUGGAAUUCGACAUGUAUGAUUACCAUUUCCUGCCUCCAGCAGGUCAGCCUCGAAAAGGCUGGUCGCGUCUGAUGGCCCACAGCCUAGUCCAGCAAGUUGUUCGACAAGACCCAGCGUAUUAUGCAUGGUAUGUGAUGCUACAACCCGACCACGCAUAUAGACUAGUUGCUUGGCCGUACUACACAAAGAGCUCUUAUCCGGAAGAAAGCACGUUUUUCAGACACACCGAUAUCAGUCUUUCGGACUAUCUACAGAGCGGACGAGGUGGAAACCUGAUUCAAGGAUCUGUAUCCUUCACGAACGAAGACCCAGAGAACUGUACGGAAGUUCUGCCAAGGAUCCACACGCAUCUUCGAGACUGGUGGCCGAAGGUUGAGUCUUCUCCAAAAGCAAGGACCACUGGCUUGAAACACCGUAUUUUACCUUGGAUGUGGACCCAAGAACAAGUGAAGAAAUAUGGUACGGACUGGAAAAAGAUAGUCUGCAGGGCAGGUGACGUCCGCGUGUCUCUGCCCACGAUUCCCCAUGGAGCGACCGGGCCCACAACCAUGAUCAGACGUACAGUCUUGCCGUGGUACGUCAGGAUAGAAGAGGACGAUGAGUGUUUUGAGACUACAGAGAGUGGCAAGUGGGAGGACGUGGCGAGGUCUCAUCGUGACCUUGCCCUAUCUAAGAAAACUCCGUCGGGUAUGGCUAGUGGGCACUAUACUAGCCCCGAGCAGGUGUUUCCAGCGACUGCGCAGAUGACAGGACUGGGUGCUAUCUCGGACGCCUUAGUCGGUCGUGUUCGGUGGAGCUCAAUUAGUGUGACUAGCGAACUAGACGUUCUCUUUGGAAAGGACCAGGCUGCUGGGAUCAAGUUCAUACAAGACUGGAGAGCCAGGGCUGUCCUCCGAUAUAAGCAGCUAUUCCAAGAGAUUGUUGUCGCAGAAAAGCGCAUUUUUGGAGAGAAUUCGUUCUUCCACCUCCAUGAGACUGGAAAACCUAUUCCGCCACCCUUUCUGGUGCCCCCGGCUGGAGAGCUUGCCUCAAUAGAGGUUUCUGACGAGGAGAUGGAGGUUGAGGAGUAG